UUUACACCCGAGAAUGUGUUCAACUUCGACGAAACGGCGCUUUUCUAUCGCUUAGCGCCUAAUCGAACGCUAGCUACGACUAUUCGCAAGGGCAAGAAAAAGGAGAAGCAACGUUUGACUUUAGCCUUCUGCUGCAACGCGACUGGCUCCGACAAGCUCGACCCAAUAGUCAUCGGUACGGCCAAGAACCCGAGGUGCUUUAAAAAGGGAGCGGCGAUUAAAGGUAAACCUAUAUUGUACAAGUCCUCCAAGAACGCCUGGAUGACAUCCGUCAUUUUUGACGAAUGGCUGCACCUCUUCAACAUGAGAAUGGCGGCCGCCAAUCGCAAGGUCCUACUUCUAGUCGACAAUGCUUCAUGCCACAAGAUUCUACGAAACCUGACUCAUGUGACUGUUCACUUCCUCCCUCCUAACAUGACAUCCGCCGUACAGCCGCUGGAUGCAGGUAUUAUCCGGUCGUUCAAGGCUCGGUACCGAAAGUAUUUUGUGCGGUGGUGUUUGGAUGCACUUGAAGCUAAAAUUACAAUCAAGCUCAACGUACUGGAAGCUGUCCAAUUCUCCAUUGAUGCUUGGGCGGGUGUGACGCCAACGACAAUUACAAAUUGCUGGGUCAAGACUCGCAUUUUG